AUGGGCCCUCCAAACAACUCCCCUCAAUCCCAAGGCCCCCUAGUCACCGUUCCCAAAGACAAUGGUCCCCCUCCAGCAUACACCCCAAGACGGAUCCCUUCUCAUAUUGCUUCUUUUGUAGCACAACUUUCGACUACAUUGGACAGACAAAAUCAAGAGAUGUCUUCAUUGGCCAGACAAGCUCAAGAGACUGGGCGCAUCGGGGACAGACUGUUUCCUAGACCGGCUGUCCCGAGCAUGCCCAGUGUUGUCAUGGCCUCUGAUGAUCAAGACGAGACAUCUGAGACUAGUUCACCAAUUAGCCUACGUAUCAACACUGCCGUCAAUGUGUCACGUAGCAACAACAUCGUCUGUUUGACUGCCACUCCCGCAGAGCAGGCCAAUGCCAUUGCCAAAGCAGUUGUUCAAGCUUUGUAUGAAGGAAGCUCUGGACGCUGUGGCAUCCCCAUGAUCGAUGAGUCAGGCUGUCCACGACCUUUAAACAUUGAGGUCGAUGCUGGCCUCGUUGUUGAAGGCACAGGCAAUGUCAUCGGAAGCCGAGACGUUAUCGGCGAACUCCUUCAGAAGCGCGGUACACCUCCACUCCGACGAUCUCGUGAGGAGGCGGAUGACGAGGAUGAAGGCUUUGCAUCAGCAAAGAGACGACGUUCAAGUCAUUAA